CGAUGAUCCUCGGCUGUUCGUCGAACGUCAGUGACGCGUAGAGUCACAUGACACUGCUGAUGGUGACGCACUGCGCGAGUUUCUUUUCCCGUCUGUGUUUAACACGCUCACGCACAGAGCUAGACUGGACAUAAACAAGAGUGGAAGGCCUUUGCGUUACAUUCAUCAGUACACGCUGAUAUUACAUAUUAGCUCUUUUAAUUUUGUGUAUGACUGCAGAAGCUGCUCGUCGGUGACAGGAUUUGGCUUGUGCGCGCGGGUUGAUAUUCAGAGGUCUUGAAUACAUAUAAUGCUACAUCGAAUACUCUGAUGAUGGACUAAUGAUCAUGUCCCUCACCGAGGUUUUAAUGGAUGCCUGUAAGAGUGGAUAACAGCAAUAAUUCAUUGGGCAUCUUACUAGACACUGCUCCAAAAGAACCAUGGCUAGCAAGAGGAAGUCUACCAUUCCAUGCAUGAUUCCUGUAAAAACCAUGCAUCUUCAGGAUGACCUUGAAAGGGAAAUACCAUCUCCAUUGUCUAAGGACAUUGGCUUCUCUUUCAGGGAGGAGACAAGUGGAAAAGGCAGUCCAAGUUUAAGUGAGUCCUCUGGACAAGAAGCAGGUGAUAUGAAUAAGGACAGUGGCACUUAUACUUGUAGACCUUGUAACUUUGAGACCCAGGACCUAAACCUUUUCCUUGAUCAUGUCUACAGUGGACAUCCAGAUUUUCGCAUUGACCCUUGUUUUCUCUGUGUGGAUUGUGGUGUAAGAGCUGCAAAAUUUGAAGGCUUAGCGCUGCACAAUGCCCGUGUACAUCCCAGUACAAUAACCACCACACUUCAACUAAAAAAAAAGGACAACAGGUUCAUGGUAGAGCAGAGUGUUAUCAUGGAACCUUAUGAAAGCACUAGCUUUAAAGAAACUGAGAUUUCCAUCACCAAGACACCAAUCAUGAAAAUGCUCAAGGGUAAAUCAGAACACAAAAGAAUUAUAGUUUCUCAUUCUGCAACUGAUGAUCCUUCCUCAUCUAUUACUAAACCGGUGGAAAAAAAUGAAACUCCUGCUGUAACUGUAACGCAUGUGCCCACUAUUGUACACAAUGGAGCAGCCAACAAGGUUGCCUUGUCACCAGCCAUACAGAUUGUUAAUGGCUCUGGGGCUUUACCAAUACUCAAGACAGCUGUUACACAAGUUGUGUCUGUUUUGCAAAAUAGAAGUGUUAACCAACAGUCUGCUCCAGUCACUGUCACCUCAUCCCUCUCCUCCUCUGCAGGCUCAUCAUCAAGUACCAGGAAUCUUCCAAAAGUUAUGAUUCCUCUCAGUAGCAUUCCUACGUACAGUGCAUCCAUGGACAAUAGCAGUUUCUUAAAGACAUCUUUUAGCAAGUUCCCCUAUCCAACAAAGGCUGAGUUGUGCUACCUUACAGUUGUCACAAAGUACCCUGAAGAACAGAUCAAGAUCUGGUUUACAGCACAGAGACUGAAACAAGGAAUCAGCUGGUCUCCAGAGGAGAUUGAGGAUGCCCGCAGAAAGAUGUUCAAUACAAUUAUCCAAACAGCAGCUUCCUCUGGCCAGCAGCAACGCCAGUCCCACCAGACAACUUCUCAGCCAACUAUCACAGUUCUGGGAACAACUGGCAUCCCUCACAUUUUACAGGGUAGUCUGGUUGGGCAAGGAGGGGUAAUUGUCACCCAGCCUAUGAUAACUAAUGGAAUUCAGGUCAGCAGUGCCCCUGUUACACUUGCUGUAACACCAAAGCCCCAGGCUGCUGCUAAACCUAUGAUGCAGACAAGACCUGCUGCGGCCCUAGUAGCUGACAAAGGAAUCAGCAUGGUUUUAGGCACUGUUGGUAGCAGCAGCAGUGGAAAUUGCAGCAGUAGCAGUAAUGUUAGUACUGGCAGCAGUUCAAGCAGUAUUAGUAGUACUAGCAGCUUAAGUAGCCAGGCUAGUGUAAUCAGUAUUGACUCUAGCAGCACUGCAAAGUCAAACAACAAGAGUAAUAUAAAGGUCAAUACAUCUGGUACUAAUGGCACUUGUUUUCAAAGUAAAGGUAAUACAGUAAAAAGGUCCAGUCAGGAUAAAGGCAAAUCUGAGAUUAAAAGUGAUAUUAACACCCUCAUGUCAACAAUUGCCACCGAUAGCACAACACCAAGUAAAUCAGACUCCCCACGCCCUAUCUCUACGAACUCUGGUAUUUUUUCCACCAUGAAUCUUCUGGACCCCAGCUUUAACAAAGCCAAAAAGUCUCAGGAACAGUUGGCAGCUUUAAAGAAGAGCUUCCUAGUUAGCCAGUUUCCUAAUCAAAUGGAAGUAGACCGGCUUACCAGCCUUACCGGUCUGUCUGUGCGCGAGGUACGAAAGUGGUUCAGUGAUCGUCGGUACCAUUACCGUAAUCUAAAGGGCUCUAGGUCAAGUGCUGGUGGUCAGACUGUUGCUGCACUUGUUGCUGUAGACCUGUCAGAAAACAGCACACAACCUGAGAGGCCUAAAACACCCCAGCAAUCACCCAUCAAUCCCUUACAGACAACAUCUCCACCAACUCCCACAAAACGUCAUCCACGACCCCAGUCACCAGAUUUUACCGCUAUACGGUAUAAAGAGCGUGAACCUCACCAGGUGCAUGCUUUAGAAGCUAGUUUUGCACAAGACCCAGAACCAUGUGGUGAAGAAGUUGACAGGUUGAGAGCAGAAACAAAGAUGACUCGUCGUGAGAUCCAUGGCUGGUUUGCUGAGCGGCGGAGGAGGGUGGCAGCAGAGAAAAAAAAAGAGGAAGCAGAGAGGGUAGAAACUGAAGAUGGUGAAGGAAAUGAGAAAACAAGCAAUGAACAGACACACGAAGCAGAGGAUCCCUCCUUGGAGACACAGCAACAAGGCAAAGAGGAGAAACAGAAGGAGGAGACUGAGCCAAAAGUUAACCCUAUCAAAAUCAAUCUCAAAAUGUUGAAAGUAACUGAAUCUAAUGGAAAAGAUGAGCUAGAGGAAAGUGAGCUCAUUGAGGCAACUGAAGUGCUGCCAUCUAUUUCUGAUACCAGUCUAAAUCAGAUGUCUCUAUACCGAGGUAAAAAAACACCUGAACAGCUCCACUUGCUGAAGCAAGUCUUUGCACGGACCCACUGGCCAAGUAGUCCCCAGUACGAUGAACUGGCAGAAAAAACGGGCCUACCACGACCAGAGGUGGGGCGCUGGUUUGGAGGUUGCCGCUACGUCUUAAAGAAUGGUCAGCUCAAGUGGCUUGAAAGUUAUCAGACCAUGGUAGAUGAGGAAGACUUCCAGAAGGCUAACAUUAAUGUGCUGAAGGAACACCUGAAUGCCUAUGGAAAGCUCGAUGAGAGUAAAUUGGAGGAGAUUGUCAAAUCAAGUGGCUUGGGUGAGGAAUCAGUCCGACGGUGGUUUGCUAUUAAGACACCACUUUUAGUGGAGGAUAGUGAGUCUGGAUCAUUGUCUGCAGUAACCCUAACUGAAACUGCUCAAGUAUCACAGCUUUCAGACCAAGAAGAUGAAGUGGAGCAGCCACUAAGCAGCCUAAUCUCAAAGGAUCAAGCCACAGAGUCAACAGAUACAGUAUCCACUAAACAAGGGUCGGACUGAUGAGGAGAAUGGAGACAGGAAUGGAUGUGUUGAAGUGCAGAGGGAUAUUACCCAGCAAGAUUACAGCACACAUCGUGGCCUUUAUACCUUUUAAAUGGGAACAUCAGAUAUCAUUGAAACAUUAGCACUGGAGAACCCCUCGGCAAAACGUCUAUCCCCGAAUAAACAUUUGUUUUGCCCUAGAAUUACUAGCUGUCCCACUGUACGAGAUUCAUGUCGGGAUGCUCCCCCUCAAAAGCCAGCUACUUUUUCCUAUUUACUGGACAGAGAAACCGACUUUGUCUGCAAGACGCACGAGAAGGCUGGGUGAAAAGUUUUCCUUGAAUGGUUAUUUUAUAAUCAGUGGUGUAAUGUGGACUUGAGUGACUCAUUUACAGUUGUAUGAAACACACUGCACAGCUCUUAUUGAGCCUUUUUGUAAUUCUUAAAAUAUGAUUGACAGAAUUGCACCUCAGAGGUUUAGAUGUAUGCUGUAGGUAAAGUGUCAUCGAGAGCAAAAUUAAACUUAAAUCAUGAAUUUAUUGUCAAAACUUGUACCCGUGUGAAGGCCUGGGCUUAUUCUGUGAUUUUGUAUAGAUAUUUGCAAAAUAAAUCCAAUUAGAAACAA